ACGGCUCAAACUGGCCACACAAAUUAGUCUCCAAACGUCGUUCGCCGCGUACGGAACAAGCUAAAAAAGAGCCAUUCAGGUACUCAGCCGUGGGGCCGAGAGAGAAAUCGAGAAACGAACUAAUUGAAUUUAAAAAAGUGUAGUAAACAGCAGUAGAUACCACUAAAGGAAAAAAGUGUGAAUUGAUCCAAAUCUUAAGCCAUCGCAUCGGUGAGAGGUGUUAACGAGGACGCGAAACAGAAUUCCCACACUCGAGUUUGGAAUUGGAUCCAGCAACAGAUAAGAAGAGCAUCAUAUCUUUGCUGUCGGUAUUGUGCAAGCCGCUGAUAACGAAAAGCGGUUGUAUUUAUCUGGUGCAGCACAUCACAGGCAAGGCGAGGAAUAACAGAACUCGAUUGAUAAACGCGAGUUCAUUGAUAUUAGUAAACAGCGUUUUUCGAUUAUUGGAAUAAGAAAAGGCGCUUUAGGCCCGCUCGAUCAACGAUAUGGAUCCCAGUAUUCUAGCAACCAUGGACCGUGACGCACUCAAGAAGCAAAUCGAGAACAUGAAGUACCAGGCCUCGAUGGAGCGAUGGCCUUUGUCCAAGAGCAUCGCUGCGAUGCGAGAGUACGUGGAAGAGAACGAAAAGAAUGACCCACUGAUCCACGCCCCCGACAAGAAAAACAACCCCUGGGCAGAGAAGGGCAAAUGCGUCAUCAUGUAAAUACAUCACAUAUUCUACUUCUACUAGUUUUCAACAUUCAUACCUGAAUACAAAUCAACUUAAGCAUAGACAACAACAACAACAACUAUCUGCAACUUUUGAAUGAUCGUAAUUUUAAAUCUUUUCUCAAACCAAAGACCAAUCAAAAACGAAGAUGAGCAAAUUAGUUUGAAAAAAAUUUAGAGAAAAAAAAUCCUGGACAAAAAUGGAAAUCCACAAUCAAAAAUUCAAAACAAUCGAAAACAUUCCACUCAGCAAUUGCAAACGUUUUUGAAAGAUUCCCUAAAUUGCCCUCCUUUUUGAUUGCUUCACUUUUACUAGAGUAUCACACGGUUUCUUAGAGUAUAAUCACAUUGUACCACACAACCUUUUCGAUACUAACACUGUAAUAUUUUACAAUUACUCUUUAUCUUCUUAGAACAAACAAACAAUAGUAUCAAUAUUCAACAUAAAUAGAAUAUCUUUUUUAUCGUUGUACUUUCGUUGAGUUUGAGUUUUGAUGGUUGUUUUUCUAUACUCGCAAAUGUUAUGAUUUUUGGUUUAUUUUUUAAAUAUUUAUCUGAUAGCUGAUUUCGAUUUCCUGCCAUAAGUGUUGUUGUUUGAAAAAGCCAUCUCGAUUCAAGUGCUAAGGAAAAAUAGUAGCAUAAAUGCCAUACAAAUUGUCGAAUUGAAAUCUCAAGCUGAUUAUCGAUAAGUGUCAUUUGAUUUCGGCUUCAAACGCGAUAUUAAUUUAUUCAUACACAUUAGAAACAAAAAAAAACAAACAAAACAUAACAUCGGUGGUUCAGAGAAAAGAUGUUCAAAACAAACGAAAUCAAGAAAUAAAAUAAACAAAAAAAAGCUAUUCAAACUAAGACACAUUAUACUUUAAAAAAAAACACUUCGUGUAACAAGCGAAUUCAAAAUUGCUUCAACAAAAAACGGAUUAAAGCGAAAAUGAAAAUCAAAUUGCAAUCUCAUGCAUGGAUAAAUCCUGUACAAA